UGGGCUCUUCUUCUCAUCGUCCUCUCUGGGAUCCGAAAUCGAGAUCGAGAGAGAGAGAGAGAGAGAAGAGGAUCGUUGGAGCGAGAUGGAACGAAUCCAGCCACCGGUGGAGAAUUAUGCGAAUCCAAAGACGUGCUUUUUUCAUGUUCUAUUCAAGGCUGGGGCUUUGGCGUUCUACAUCCUCUCGGCGCUGUUCUUUAACAGCUUUGUGAUCAUUUUUGUGGUUACCGUGCUGCUUGCGGCCUUCGAUUUUUGGGUGGUGAAGAAUGUGAGUGGAAGGAUAUUGGUUGGGUUGAGGUGGUGGAAUGAGAUUAAUGAGCAAGGAGAGAGUGUUUGGAAAUUUGAAUGCUUGGAUCAAGAGUCUCUUGCUAGGAUGAACAAGAAAGAUUCAUGGCUAUUCUGGUGGACUCUUUAUCUCACGGCUGUUGCUUGGAUAUUCCUUGGGAUAUUUUCUCUCAUAAGGUUUCAGGCCGAUUACCUGCUGGUUGUUGGAGUUUGUUUGAGCCUCAGUGUUGCAAACAUUAUUGGUUUCACUAAAUGCCGUAAAGAUGCCAAGAAACAGAUUCAGCAAUUUGCAACGCAAACCAUUGCGUCACGGUUUAGCUCAACAGUACAGGCUGCAUUCAGUGUCGUCUGAGAGCGUCGUCUGAGAAGUGCUGGAAAA